GUCUCUUUGUAGCUUCGCGUUUUAAGUUUUUAGACAAGGGUGGUAAGAAUGGCAGGAAAUGCUGCUCAUCGCUGUUCAUCGUAGGUUACCGCAGAUUACCGUUGGUAAACGAUAACGAAGUGGAGAGACAUGGUUCGGUUCCUGACAUUGGCGAAGCUCGGCGCGUUGGUCGUGCAACAUAAUUAAAUCGCCGCGCACUACGUUUCAUAGCUCGCGCGCGCGCGCGCGCGCGGCACACAGUACUACAUACGUGCCUCUUCUCAAUUCUCUCGAAGCGGUGUUGACCGACCGCCGCUUGACGGUGCCGUUUGUAUUUUAGCGUUACACAACUACUGUCGCUACGUCACGUCACGCAGACGGCAGAGAGCACAUACAUUGCACUUGUCUCGUUCCGCUCGUUCGUAUACAAUACUAUGAUCCGCCGAUAAUAAGUAAGUGCAGGAAAAAUAGUGGAAUACACCGCGAACAUUGACGUCUUCAUAGCCUUUAUAGUACAUAUGUCGUAUGUCGUGUUGUAUGUAUGCCACAUGCAUACAUCGUCAUUCGAUUUAACCUAAUCAUUGAAGCGAGGUCGUCUUUUUGCGGAACAUUUUCCUCAUCUCGGAACACAGUCACCCUUUGCACCCUAUGCGAUUUCCUCGUCGUCGGUCGUCCUUGGCGUCCUUGCGAGGUGGUUAUUUAAGUAGCAACGAUGUCAGUACACUACAAAUUUAAAUCUACUUUGGAUUAUGACACUGUGUCGUUUGAUGGAUUGCAUAUUUCAGUGGCAGAUUUGAAAAAGGCUAUAUUUCACCAAAAACGUAUCGGCAAAAAUACAGAUUUUGAUUUGCAAAUUACAAAUGCACAAACAAAGGAAGAUUAUACGGAUGAUAAUGCACUAAUUGCAAAAAAUACCAGUCUUAUUGUCGCCAGAGUUCCAUUGACAGUACAACAAAAACGUUCUUGGGAUCGAAACGAAACUCCUCCGUUUAGUAAUGUAAAAGAUGAAGCUAAUUUAGGCAAAGCUGUGGAUCUUACGAGAUUAGAUGGCUCAGAGGAGGAUAAGAUCCGGGCGAUGAUGACACAAUCAACUCAAGACUAUGAUCCAUCAAAUUAUAUGAAAAUUCGUGGAGCUAAUCAGACUGGCGAUGUACCUGCAAAUUAUCGUUGUUACAAAUGCCAUCAACCUGGACAUUGGAUAAAAAAUUGUCCAUUGGGCACAAAUCAGGAGCCGAUUGAAAUUAAAAAGAGCACAGGUAUUCCCAGAAGUUUUAUGGUACCAGUUGAGGGACCUUUAGUACCUGGCGCUAUGAUGACACCUACAGGGCACUAUGCUGUUCCUGCUAUUGAUCAUCAAGCUUAUAAGGAAGGUAAAAAAGAACGACCACCAUUUUCGCAAGAUCCAGAACCUGUAGCAGAGAAGCCAGAGAUACCAGAGGAUUUGUUAUGCAAUAUCUGCAAAGAUCUUCUAACAGAUGCAGUGAUGAUUCCAUGUUGUGGAAAUUCCUUUUGUGAUGAAUGUAUUCGUACAUUUUUGUUAGAAUCCGAAGAACAUGAAUGUCCGGAUUGUAAUGAGAAAGAUGUAUCGCCGGAAACUCUUAUACCAAAUCGAUUUUUACGUAAUGCAGUAAUGAAUUUUAAAAAUGAAACCGGUUACGCCAAAAGACAAACGUAUCGGCCUUCCAGUCAAAAUGCUGGACAAACCACUACACCAACCGAUCAGUCGAAAAUUGAGACGCAGCAAAUUGCAAGUCACGUAUCUUCUCAGGCUAAAACUGUACAAUCACCAAUUGCUCCUAAUACACCAUCGCAAGAAUCUGUGGAACUGCAAGCCACUAAUCUCGAGGCUGCUUUGCAACAACAGUUUCCAACCAACGUCUCUAGUUCGCAGCCCCAGUCAUCAAUCACUCUGCCUGAAUCUACUUCAGAGUCACACUUGCAAAGUGACUCAGUAACAAAACUAACAACUGACGAGGAAACUGAGGUGCCUCCUCCUCCAGGAACAGAGCCUUUACUCCCGAUUCCUGCCCUCGUGAGCUCGCCGGAGAGAGAAUGCGAGCGAAGCGAUCCUUCCAGCCGCGAUAAGAAAGAACGGGACAAUGAAUACUCGGGAGAACGUCAAUCGAGAGAACGUCGACGAAGUUUCAGCAGAGAUGGACAUCGUGACAGAAGCGGAGAGCGUGGUCGUAGAAUUGAGAAUUUACGGCCAUUAAAUCACAACCGAAAUCGAUCCCUGUCGCCCAGACACUCCCAACACGGCGAAUAUCCAUCUUCGAGUGCGGUAUUACCUCAUUUAAUGAACCCACCUCCUUCCAAGGGCUAUCAAGGUCAUUUAGCGGACGAUGGACAUUAUCCGGCUAGUAUGCAUUAUGACAGUGGAAUACGUCGAUCGAACGAAGACCGUGCGGGCACUCCAACGGUCGACGAACCGCAUUUGCACGUCCCUUCAUCUGGCAAUCAACCACCAUUAUUGCCUUUUCCGCCUGGCGAAGAGCGUAUUCCACCACCAAAUUAUAAUCAGCCACCGCCAAACGUACCUCCGCAUAAUCCUCCACUUUUGCCAGAUCCAUAUAUGAGUCAUCGAAUACCGAUAUAUCCGCAUCAACAGGGAUCGCAUUACGGACCGCCGAGGUACGAUAGACCCCCUUACCAGCAACAAGGAUACCGACCGUCUCAGCCACCCCGAAACUAUAGCGGGCCACCAAGACCAAUGAGAGGAUUGCAUCCCAGUAAGAUGGGAUAUAGAAAUCUGCAACCACCGCCACCUGGAUUAGGCAGAAAUAUACACAAUGGAAAUCCAUCUGGAAUAAUUGACGAUCCAUUGGAAGCAUUCGAGCGAAUGCUUAGAGAGAAGGAUGAGAGAGAUCGACGUUUAGGGAAACAUAGAAGAAGAAGCAGAACGCGAUCUCGAUCGCGUAGUUACAGUCGAUCUAGAUCGCGCUCUUUUGGUCGUAGAUCGCCUUUUACGUCUCGCAUCAGUCGAUCUCGCAGUCCUCCUCCGUCGAAACGAAGAUCAACGAGAUCACCGUUAUCACUUCGACCUCGUAGUCGUACUCCAAAACGUAGAUCAAGAAGCGGUAGCUUCUCUAUCAGCAGAUCUAGAUCGUAUUCUCGCAGUCAGUCGCCGAGGAUAUCUCCGUCAAGGGAUAGAGAUCGGGAGAGGGACAGAGAAAGAGAUCGUGACCGCGAUCGCGAUCGUGACCGUGACCGUGACCGUGAUCGCGAUCGUGAUCGUGACCGUGACAGAGAUCGCGAGCGGGAUCGAGAUCGUGAUUUACUGCCCACCAGAUAUCGAUCACCAGUCAGAUCACCUCCGAGAUUUCAAAGAGAGAGGGAUCGUGAGAGAGACAGGCCGCGAUCACGCGAGCCUCGAGAUGGAUACAACACUUACUACGGCGAUUCACCGGCUCACGAUUACCCAUUCCGUGAUCGUGAACGCGAUUUACCGUCUAGGGAGAGACCGUUAUCGAGAUAUCCCAUAGGAAGAAAUCAGCCAUCCCAACACAAUAUACCGCCGUUGAUGCCGCAUCUAGUCACUGGAGGUCAUCCACCACCGCUUAUGUCAUUGGGACCUUCGCCUACGGACAGGAAAGACUAUUAUGAUUCCUACAACAGAUAUUCCGGACCUCCGCCGCAGCAGCGUUUUAACAGUCCACUGAGGGAUUCUUCCUCACAUAAGCGAUUCGACGACGUAGCACCACCUGGUACCGAGGGUUACUACGAUCUUUCGCCACCGGGUGUUGAACAUUCCGAGAGAUCAUCGAGGGAUGAUCGCGAAAGACAGCGCUCCCUGAGAGAUCAAGAAGAUCGCGAGCAUUCGUCCAAGGAUCAUGAUAACGACGAACGUGAUAGAUUGAGGGACGAUAGGAUUCGCGAACGUGAGGAUCGUAUGCGUGAGAGGGACGACAGAGAUCGCAGAAUUGUAAACAGAGACCGUGAGGAUCGCGAUAGACAGGUCCCGCCUAGAGAACACGAGGAUAGGAUACGAGAGAAAGACGAACGUGACAGAAGAGAAAAGGAGAAAGAACGAGACGAUAGGCACAUUCGCGAUCGUCGAGAUGACGACAGGCAUGUCGAAAAGAAGGAUUAUGAUAAAGAUCGUUAUAGAGAUGAUCGAGAUCGCCAUAGGCAAGAUGACAAGAGUCGGCUGCGAGAGAAGGAGAGACGCGAACGCGAAUAUGAAACCGAGAAGGACAGAGAUCGUCACGAACGAUACGAGAGACGGAGUUCGAUGGAGCGGAAAAAGAGUAGGAAGAGCUUAAGUCCAUACUCUCAGAAAUCCAGGGGUGAGCCAAAAGAUUUGUCGCCAGAACGAAGUACAAAGAAGAAAGAAAAGGAGCAUGAGGAAAAAGUAGAAGAGAAGAAGAAAGAGAAGAGGAUAAAGGAGAAGAAAAAGAAGAAGGAUAGCGAUGAGAAAGAGAAGAAGAAGAAGAAGAAAAAGGAUAAGAAAUCCAAUCAGAAAGAAACAGCGAAGGACGAUCCGAUGAUGAAAACGACGGAGACAGAUGACCUGGCCGAGAGUAAAACAACAAACAAUGACACUUCGUCUCCGCUGCCGAACAAAACUGAUUCUAUAAAGGCGUGCAACGAGGAUAACAUACAGAACAGGAUCGAAUGUACUUCCAACCAAAUGUCCAUCGCACCGAUCAAAGAGGAAUUCGAGGAUAAGUCUCUGGCGAUGAAUCCGGAACCGCCGGAAUUCAACGAAUCCAGUCCUGGUAGCGGUCGGCUAGAUCGUGCGGAAUUCGGCACGAAUCCACCGAAUCCAAACUUCAAACCAAUCCCGGAACUCAAGUCGGACAUGAAGCCGAUCGAUAGCCUCUACGGAGGAUUGGACGACACGGAAAUUAACACUGUGAUCACGGAGAAGUAUUCUCUACUUUCGGAACACUCGCAGACCGAGUCUGCGAAGGAAGCCUCGACAAUUAUGCUAGCGACGGAGAAAUCGCCGAAGAAAGAUGAAUUUCUAGCGCCGAUACCCGAAUUGUCCAAGUGGGAAAGGGAUGAUACGAUCGAGAAACCCGAUGACGAUGACGAGGAUGAUGAUGAUAACGCGAGCGGAUCGCCGACGGAGAAGAUACAGAGAGAGGACGAGCCGAAAUCGAUCAAGAUGGUUACGUCGGAGGUGCUGAAGCGUGCGGAGAACGCCAUAUUUCAAAAGGCAAUUAACGCGAUCCGACCGAUCGAGAUCAAAAAGAUCAGCGAGAGCAGAAAGAUAUUGUAUCAGAAUCCCGAACCCAAGGUGUUGGAGACGGUGGAGUCCAGUAAUCGUGAACCGCGAAAGAGCGUCAACGUGACGAUCAACGUUGGUAGAAACGAAAGGAAUGUCGAAAUCACCGAGCCAACGAAGAAAGCCAAGCUCGAUCGCACCAAGUUCAAGCCUGUGCCAGAAACAGCCUACUCGCCGACUAGGCUGUCCGCGAAGGAGAGACUCGGCGAGAAGGUUGAGGACGGCAAGGAGAGGAAGGUUAGUCCUAUAAAGGGAUUCCUGGAGAGGCGUGACGCCAAGAAUGAGAAUCAGUCGAGAAGUCGAUCGCCCAGAAGGGAAAAGAGGAUCUCCUCUCCGCUUUUAGAGCGGCGUCCAGUCGAGUCCUCCUCCUCCUCCUCUUCAUUGGGCUUGACCACGACGACUACGAGCGGCGAACGAAAAGUAUUUUUGGAAGAGAGAAAACGGGACAACAAGGAUAGAAUUGGCGGCGGCGAUCGGUCGGCGGCGAAGGAGAGGUCGGAUUUUCGCGGCGACAGGCAGCACGGUAGCGAGUUGAAAGCCGAGAGGGAGAGUAGAAUCGAUUGUAGUAGGACAGAUUUGCGCUCCAAUAGAAAUGACGCCAAAGGAGAACGCGUGGACAAAGAUCGCGACAAGGAACGAGACCGCGGCGAGACACACAGAGGUAGGACACCUCCCUCGGCUGCUUGCGCAUUUAAGAGAACGGAAAUGUCCAAGAUUGGCUUGUUAAAGUCGAAAGACGACGAGGAAGAGAAGAAGCGUGACAAGAAAACGCGGGAAGAGAAGAAGAGAAAGAAGGAGCACCGUAGCAGGAGUAAAUCUAAGGAGCACAAGAAGCGCAAGGAGAAGAAACACAAGAAAGAUAAGGAUAAAAAUCAGGAAAAGAAACAAAGGCACAAAGAGGGCGCGAUUUCCAAGGACAAGCCGGAUGGUAACGAGACCAAGAUCAGUUACGAGAAUAUUGAGCCGCCUCUAGCAGAGUCGUCGAAAAAACAAAGGAAAAAUCCGAGGCUGGUGUCUGAUCGCAAGCGCAGCAUACUCGACGAGGCGAGUUUCGAACCAGACUAUUCUGCCUCAGAUUCGGAAUCAGAUGGCGAGGAAGGUAAACCGUCACCUGUGAAGAAAUUAAAACUUGAUGAAACGGAAAUGGGCAAAGAGAUAGAGAUCAAAUCCCUAAAGAAACGAUCCAAGUCGAGUAGCAGCGAGGACACGUCUAGCAGCUCCGACACUACGAGCUCCGAUUCGGAUAGCAGCGAUGAGUCGCACAAGAAAAAAAGAAAGAAGCAUAAGAAGCAUAAGAAGAAGAAAUCUGCCAAGAAAGAUAGUAGUUCAGACUCGGACACUUACUCUGAUUCAUCCGACAGCAGCAGUGACGAAGAGAAACAUAAGAAGAAAUCGAAAAAGUCAAAGAGCAGAAGCAAGCAGUCAAAGAAGAAGAAGAAAUCCAAGCAUAAAUGACAUCAUUAGAUGUCUCUUUCUUUGAUGUUCGAUCAAAGAACUUUACCUUAGAGAGGAGCAGAAAAAGAAAAAAAAAAAGCCAGAACUUUUCUUUUUUUUUCAUAGAAUACUUUCAAAUAUCACGUGGAAAUCAUAAUAAUAAUAAUAGUAAUAAUAAUAAUAUUAUUAUUAUUAUUAUUUUGUACUCGUUGCAGCUCAGCGUGUGUGAAAAGUUUUUUCAACACAUGUCAUUUAGUAGUAGAGAAUAUUUAUUGAAUGAUUUCUUGAUAUGGAAAAAAGUGAACACUUUGAGCAGGUAAAAGCAAAUUAAUGGUUUGACGAAUAAAGAAAAAAAGUUGGGAAUACACACAUGAUAGUUAAACUGUUCUAACGUGAAAAGAGGAAAAGAAUAACAUGUGAUAUGGCCUUUGCAUAAUUAUCAUGUACCGACUUGACAUAUAUAAAGUACAUACAUACAUACAUACAUACACACACACUCACUCUCUUUCUCUCUGUAUGUAAGUUUGUUAUUACAAUAAGUCGUGUACAUUAUAGCCGAUAUAAUUUUGUGGCAAUUUUGUCAAAAAGCGAUGUCUUUGAAAAGCUUAAUCACUAUACAAUGAAUAUAAGAGAACAAUUUUAUUUAGGAUCUCUGCUAUCUAUAUGCAUAUAUAUUUCUAUCUUUUCCUCCUCUCACUCUCGCUGUUGCCCUCUUUCCUUCCUUUUUCGCCGUUGUAUUGUACUUUCAUAAUCUAAUGUCAAUAUGUAAGAAAAAUCACGAAAUAAAAUGGUAAAAUUCUUUUAA